CUCACAUCUUUUAGUGGACAUAAACUAGUUCUGCACUGUACUGGUUUCGACUUGUUAGAAAUCUAGGCAUUUCAAGGCGCCACCGUACACGAAUAACGCAGAUUACCUCAGUUUAAAGCAGUUCUUAGUGUAUAGUGAUCGAGUUUGCGCAACGUAAACAAAUUAAAUAUGAGUUCUAGAAGGAAAAAAAUUUUUGAUCUUCUGGCCAGGCACUGUGAUGAUACCAAUCAUGACAAACUAACAGUAUCUGCAAGACCAGAAAAAAUAGACGCCCAAUAUUUGAUGAAUACAGCAAAUCUUAUGCCGCCUGGUUAUUUACUCUCUAAGGAAACGGCUGCUUUUAACAAGAGCGAUAAUGCAUUUUGCAGUAUGAACCUCGAAAAUAUAAAAUCAGUUUUGAGUAUUGAAUCCAAUAAAGUUACACCGAUUGUGGCCGAUAAAGGAGACGCAAAUGCUAGUGAAGAAGUAAGAAGUGUUCUCGAAAAAAUCAUAGAUGUAAUAGAAACUGACCAAUUGGACCCUGAAAAAUGUGGCAAACGGAAAAAUAUUGUCGAAGAGGAUCUGUAUUUAUCAUCGGACACGGAUCCUUUCCAAACUGAUGAUGAAGAAAACGACCCUAAUUUUAAUCCACAAGAAAGCAAAAAGAAGAGAAAAAACUUUAAUUUUGAAAACAAUUAUCAAGAAACUGAUACAAGUUCUAACACAGAUGAAAAGAAUAAAAAUGCUAGAAAAAUAUCUAAAAAAAAGCUAAGAAGAGAACAUACUUGGAAAAGAAACAUAAUUAAGUCAUCGAGAAAUCAAGGAAAGAAAUACACCAACUGGAAAGGAAAAAAACAAUUAGCAAGAAAAAUGAAAACAUCAUGUGAAGAGAAAUGUAGAAUGAAGUGUCUAAAUAAAAUGAGUGAAGAAGAAAGACAUAAAAUAUUUACUGAAUAUUGGGGAUUAGGAGAUGUCAACCGCCAACGUGAUUUUAUAUCCAAAUAUGUUACAGUAGUUUCUAAAGCUAGAACUAGAAUUCGUAAAAAGAAUAAGCAUCAUCCCGCUGAAUUAAAAGAAAAGAAUGACAAUACAUUCUUAGAACUGUCUAAUGAUAAAAACAGUAGAAGAAACAGUACUUUUACAUACUCUCUUCCCAAAAAUGAAAACAAUAAGCCCAAAAAGGAUCUCUGCGAUAUUUGCCACAACUACGAUAAUAGUUCUCUUGAAGAAAAAUUAGAGUUGGAAGAAGAUUAUCGCAUCCAUAUCCUAAAUAAAAAUAGGGCAAGAGAAAUCAAACAGUUUGAGAAACAAAGAGCAGCUGAGAAUAGCAGUGAGAAACUCAAGCUCAGUUCCAUUUGUUAA